UGAAGUGUAACAGAACAGACUUUACCACCUGAAACUGCUGCUUCAAGUUAAGAUCAGCAAGGAAUAAACCUCGAAACAACCAACAAGACCAAAGAAGAGUACACUUAAGUUGAAGACACAACACUUGAUCUGAAACAAGAAGUUUGUGCCUACUCAACAGCUUUGAAAGAGCACUUCCCAACGCUGCUAGUAGUCUUUGUUUUCUUCAGUGCUGUACUGUGAGAUUGCCCGGUGCAGCAGCAGUUGUAUUCUUUAUUAGCUUGAUAGAUCAUUUUCUCUCGCUCUUUUUUUAAUACUAGCAACUUUCACCCUUUGAAACGUGUGCUGAAAAAGAAAAGUCAGCAAAUACUACUGAAAGUGCAAUAUUUGAUUAUCGCUGCGAGAUGAGCUUUGAUCCAAACCUUCUCCACAACAAUGGACACAAUGGGUACCCCAAUGGUACUUCAGCAGCAUUGCGUGAAACUGGGGUUAUUGAAAAACUGCUAACCUCUUAUGGAUUUAUUCAGUGUUCAGAACGUCAAGCGAGACUUUUCUUCCACUGUUCACAGUAUAAUGGCAACUUGCAAGACUUAAAAGUAGGAGAUGAUGUUGAAUUCGAAGUCUCAUCCGACCGACGGACUGGGAAACCCAUUGCUAUUAAACUGGUGAAGAUAAAACCAGAAAUUCUCCCUGAAGAACGAAUUAAUGGACAAGAAGUAUUUUACCUGACGUACACCCCUGAAGAUGUUGAAGGGAAUGUUCAGCUGGAAACUGGAGAUAAAAUAAACUUCGUAAUUGAUAACAAUAAACAUACUGGUGCUGUAAGUGCUCGUAACAUUAUGCUGUUGAAAAAGAAACAAGCCCGCUGUCAGGGAGUAGUUUGUGCCAUGAAGGAGGCGUUUGGCUUUAUUGAAAGAGGUGAUGUUGUAAAAGAGAUAUUCUUUCACUAUAGUGAAUUCAAAGGUGAUUUAGAAGCCUUACAGCCUGGAGAUGAUGUGGAAUUCACAAUCAAAGACAGAAAUGGUAAAGAAGUUGCAACAGAUGUCAGAUUAUUGCCUCAAGGAACAGUUAUUUUUGAAGAUAUCAGCAUUGAGCAUUUUGAAGGAACUGUCACCAAAGUUAUCCCAAAAGUACCCAGUAAAAAUCAGAAUGACCCGUUGCCAGGACGCAUCAAAGUCGACUUUGUGAUACCUAAAGAACUUCCCUUUGGAGACAAAGAUACAAAAUCCAAGGUGACCUUGCUGGAAGGAGACCACGUCAGGUUUAAUAUUUCAACAGACCGACGUGACAAGUUAGAGCGAGCAACCAACAUAGAAGUUCUAUCAAAUACGUUUCAGUUCACGAAUGAAGCUAGAGAAAUGGGUGUAAUUGCUGCCAUGAGAGAUGGUUUCGGUUUCAUCAAGUGUGUAGAUCGUGAUGCUCGUAUGUUCUUCCACUUCAGUGAAAUUCUGGAUGGGAACCAGCUCCAUAUAGCAGAUGAGGUUGAGUUUACUGUGGUUCCUGAUAUGCUGUCUGCCCAAAGAAAUCAUGCUAUUAGGAUUAAAAAACUUCCCAAGGGCACAGUUUCAUUCCAUUCCCAUUCAGAUCAUCAUUUUCUGGGCACUGUAGAAAAAGAAGCCACUUUUUCCAAUCCUAAAACCACUAGCCCAAAUAAAGGCAAAGAAAAGGAAGCUGAGGAUGGCAUUAUUGCUUAUGAUGAUUGUGGGGUGAAACUGACCAUUGCUUUUCAAGCCAAGGAUGUGGAAGGCUCGACUUCUCCUCAGAUAGGAGAUAAGGUUGAAUUUAGUAUUAGUGACAAACAGAGACCUGGUCAGCAGAUUGCAACUUGUGUGCGGCUUUUAGGUCGUAACUCCAACUCCAAGAGGCUCUUGGGUUACGUGGCAACGUUAAAGGAUAAUUUUGGAUUCAUUGAAACAGCCAAUCAUGAUAAGGAAAUCUUUUUCCAUUACAGUGAGUUCUCUGGUGAUGUUGAUAGCCUGGAACUGGGGGACAUGGUUGAGUACAGCUUGUCCAAGGGCAAAGGCAACAAAGUCAGUGCAGAAAAAGUGAACAAGACACACUCAGUGAAUGGCAUUACUGAGGAAGCUGACCCCACCAUCUACUCUGGUAAAGUCAUUCGUCCCUUGAGGAGUGUGGAUCCAACACAGACUGAGUACCAAGGAAUGAUUGAGAUUGUGGAGGAAGGAGAUAUGAAAGGUGAAGUCUACCCAUUUGGCAUAGUUGGAAUGGCCAACAAAGGGGAUUGCCUGCAAAAAGGGGAGAGUGUCAAGUUUCAAUUGUGUGUUCUGGGCCAAAAUGCACAGACUAUGGCCUACAAUAUCACACCCCUGCGUAGGGCCACAGUGGAGUGUGUGAAAGAUCAGUUUGGCUUCAUUAACUAUGAAGUAGGAGAUAGCAAAAAAGCUCCUCGCCUUCCACAGACCCCUGCUCUUAUACUCUAG